AUGUCACCUGAGAUCUUCCUUGAGAGUUUGUCCGACUCUUCGACUGCAGAAGUUCAUAAUUCACAAAGCCAGAAGACAAGUUUGUCGGAGUUGGUCUCUGAGUCGCCCGUGUCCUCCCCUAAUAUGGCCAUGUCAACGAACACUUCCUCCUCAUCAUCAGCAGCCGAACCAACCAAGAAGAAACGCUACAGCAAAUCCAGGGCAAAGCAAAAGAACCCGGAGCUGGUGAAGAAACUGAAGAAAACCCGCCGUUUGAAAGCCAAUGACCGGGAGCGAAGCCGCAUGCACAGUUUGAAUUCAGCCCUGGAAACGUUGCGUGAAGUUCUACCGUCAUACCCAGAAGACACCAAACUGACGAAGAUCGAAACACUUAGGUGUGCCAAUAACUACAUCUGGGCCUUGUCAGAAAUGCUCAAACUUGUGGACAGUUUACCGACCAACACACCAUCUCCGGAAGCACCCAGAGUACCAACUCUUCCCAACUCGAAUAUUCCGACAUUUUCUCCUCUGGAAGGCCAGUCUCCAGUAUCUGUUUCGGGGUACCAGCCCGCACACUUACCAGACCCAGUCAGUUCCCGGAUAGAGACAUUUCAACCAGACAAUGUGGGGUCUCCGUACCAGACCUGCUAUAGCCCUCAGUUCCCAGCCACGCAUUACCCUCCCCAUUCUAACCCUCAGUAUGACUGGAAAUCGUACGGUAUGGGAAUACCGAGCAGUCCUACGGAAAUGUCCGACACAUCAGAGGGAUAUGUGUACGAGUAUUAUGUAUAG